AUGGCCAAAGUCAAGAAUAAGUCUCCCGAUAGCGGCGCUGGAAAAAUCAAAAAGAAGAGGAGACGAGGAAGAGACCUGCUGCAGAGGGCCAUGGGCAAUUUGAGCCUUUCAAGAGAACCCAAGAUACCUGCAGAACAUACACAGGCGGAAGCACAACAGAGCGUCAAUCAGUCUCGUCGCGAUCGCAACAGUCUUACCUUCAGAAAACUAAAUUUACCGGAAGACUGGCGUCAAUCGGCAUUCAACCCGAAGGCAUUCCAAGGGAUGAUUCGCGCCAUCACGGAGGCCAUCCACCCUGAUAAUGAGUUCGAGUACCCUGCCUUGAUCACGCUGAGAGACGAAGUUGAGAACAUCGUGGUCCAAGUCAUGCAGAAAGCUGCCCAGGCAGCAGAACUUGCCAAUCGAUCAGAGAUUCGGGUCGAAGAUAUGAAAGACGACCGCAACUUAGCCAAGACGAAAGACGAGAACAUGUUCGACAUACCAGAGAGUACCCAAAAGUCAAACGAUGGGGACACUCUCUUUGCUCAGGCUUCUGUGAAGCAAGCUGAGGUUCGCUCAUUGGAUGCACUGCCGUCUGUCGAGUGUGAGAUGAGCAUGUGA